AUGCUUCGAACAAUACCAGUGUGGGUGAAGUUACCUCAUCUGCCUUUACACUUGUGGGGAGCAAAGAGUUUUAGCAAGAUUGGCAGUGCCAUUGGCACUCCUCUGGUCACUGACGAAUGUACAGCUAAAAAACUAAGAAUUUCAUAUACUAGGCUUCUCGUGGAGAUAGACAUUACACAGGAUUUGCCUAAGGAGAUAAAUAUCAAUGGAUAUGAGGGCAUUGUGAUGAAACAAGCAGUAGAGUAUGAAUGGAAGCCAGCAUAUUGUGACUUGUGCAAUAAGAUUGGACACAGGUGUGAUCAGAAAACGAAACAAGUCAAACAAUGGAUACAGAAGAAGCCUGAGGAAAAGAAGGAGGAACAGAACAGAGAGGUUGUGGUGCAAACUCCUCAGACUGGUGAAACUAGUAAGGGGGCAGUGGUGAAGACUCCUCAGGCACAGAAUGAGUGGAGGACUGUUCUAAGAGGAGCUAGAGGAAAACAAACUGUUAGUAAUGAAGGAGUCACUUGUGAGAAUGAUUUUGGAGCACUGGAAUGGGGAGAUGACAUAGUGUUCUCAGAGAAAGUCCCAUGA